AUUCAGAGAUUUCCCCGCUAAAAACUCGCACCUUUAAAGCAACCAUUUAGUCUCAUUGUAGUAUGAAUCACUCAAUAAGUUAGCAUUUUUGUGAUUGUUUCUUCCAAAAACCCUAAAUCGGAGAGGCAAUUCAAGAAACAAUGGCUGAAGAAUGUCAAUCUCGGAGACAACUGAAUCCAUGGCUGCUUCACCUUCAAAAGCUCGCCCUUGAGCUCAAAUGCCCUCUUUGUCUUGAGUUACUGCGCCAGCCUGUUUUGCUACCCUGUGACCAUAUCUUCUGCAAUUGCUGUAUUAAGACUUCUACUAAGUUUGGAUCUGAAUGCCCUUCUUGUCAAUCCAAAUAUGCGGAUCAAGAAGUGAGGUCUGCGCCUUUCAUGGAAAGUCUUGUGAGCAUCUAUAGAAGCUUAGAUGCUACUACCGUAAACACCCUCUUUCAAGCCAUUCCUUGUGGUGGUGAAAAAAAAUUGAAUCAGUCUCCUGUCUCGGUUAAGAUAAGCUCUGUGAAUGGGACUAAGAACAAGCUUAACCAAGUGGAUGCAGAUGGAAAUUCCAGCAGUGGGACAUUUUUCCCUUUAUUAGCUAAGAACUGUGGUCGUAAUGUGCUUAAUGAUUCGGCUGAAGAGGAGAAAAUGCUAAAUAUGAUUGCGGUCAAAAGUGCAACUCCAGGAGGUGUUCAAGACAAACACAUGGAGGUGAAUGGUCUUGAUGGAUCAGUCUUUAAUGCUGAUGGUAGGGUUGCAAAUAUCCAGCACCCUGGUACGGAUGGAAGUGUAAAUCCUGAAGUGAACAAAGUGGAGGAAAUAGACAUGAAUCAGAUGGGACAACUUUCACCCACUUGCACAGAUUCGUUGGGUGAUAUGAAUGAUAACAGCUGUGAUCCAGCGAGCAGCAGGGAUGCCAAGAGACAAAAGAAAUCAAGUUCUGAACAUGGAGGUGGAGUGUGUGCAUUCUGCCAUUCUUCAGAGGUCACGGAUGAAACUGGGGAAAUGAUACAUUAUGCUAACGGGAAGUUAGUUGCUGGGAGUGUGAAACCUUUCUCCAAUGGGAUUUAUGUUCACAAGAUAUGCAUUGAUUGGACGCCUCAAGUGUAUUAUGAAGGUGACUAUAUCAGAAAUUUGGAGUCAGAAUUAGCGAGGUCUUCUAAGCUAAAAUGUACUGCAUGUGGGCUAAAAGGAGCUGGACUUGGCUGCUUUCAGAAGUCCUGCAGGAGAAGUUAUCAUGCACCUUGUGCAAUAAAGAUUUCAGGUUGCAGAUGGGACUUUGAUGACUAUUUAAUGACGUGUCCAGUUCAUAAAACUGUCAAAUUUCCGGGUGAACGGUCCAAGUUUAGAAAGUCAGCUAUUCAUAAAGCUGAAUCCAUUGCAGCCCCAAUAGCACCGAAACAAGCAAAUUUUUGGGCAUCCUCGGUUACUGGAUUAAAAGAUUGGGUGUUAUGUGGAUCUGCUUUGUCUUACGAGGAGAAGUGUUAUCUAGCAAAGUUUGCGAGCACUUGCGGUGCCACUAUUUCAAGGUCUUGGAAUCCAAAUGUCACCCAUGUGAUUGCCUCAAUUGAUGCUAAUGGUGCUUAUACAAGGACUUUGAAAGUUCUCAUGGCUAUUUUGCAUGGAAGAUGGGUCGUCACGAUGGACUGGAUCAAAGCUUGCAAGGAAAUGAACAAACCAGUAGAUGAAGAAGAGUAUGAGGCUGUCUUAGACACUCACGGCUGUUGGUAUGGCCCCAAAUCAGGCAGGCUUCAGACCUUACAAAAUGCACCAAAGCUCUUCAGUGGCAUGAAUUUUUACUUUAGUGGUGAUUUUUUUCCAGCAUACAAGGAUGACCUUCAAAAUUUGGUCACAGCAGCUGGUGGUUCUGUUGUAAAGACUAAAGAACAACUGGCCACUCUAAGUUGUGCUGGGCAGGGAUCUUCGACGACUCUAGUUGUAUACAAUGUUGAUCCAGUGCAACCAUACACCAUGGACAAAGGAAACUCUGUUGUGUUGCAGAGGCAUAGAACGGCAGAGGAAUUAGCUACAGAAUUUGGUUGCCAGGUUCUUAAGCAUAUCUGGAUUUUGGAAUCUAUUGCAGCAUGUACGUUGCACCCCUUUUUUUGAAAGAUGUAAGCUCCAAGUCACCGGAAAGGGCUGGAGACAUGCAACUUGGGAAGCCAAGAAAGACUUAGAUACAACAAGAUUGUGUGUGUCUGUUUCAAAUUUCAAAUUCUUUUCUAUAUGGAUUAGAUACAAUAAGAUUCUUAUGAACUUUCCAGAUUAUGAUGGGGCAAUAAUAUUUUAUAUUGACUUUUUAA